UGAAAAAGGAUAUGUCUUCUGAUACUGCAAAAGAAAAUGCAUCCGUAGUUGACUCCUCAGUAACUGAAUGGAAACAUGACAUGGGUAAUUUUGAUGAUCCAGAGAGCCCAAUCUACGAAGGUGAUGAGGAUAGUUAUCCUAAUAGGGCUGAAAAAGCAGGUUGUGAUCAAGUGGGAAAUUCAUCGUUAAACAAAAGGGGUAGAUUGUAUAAUACAAGAUAUUUCAUCAUUAAGAGCUUGAACCAUCAUAAUAUUCAACUAUCAGUUGAGAAAGGAAUAUGGGCUACUCAAGUCAUGAAUGAACCAAUUUUGGAAGAGGCCUUUCAUAAUUCUGGUAAAGUCAUUCUAAUAUUUAGUGUCAACAUGAGUGGUUUCUUCCAAGGUUAUGCCCAAAUGAUGUCUUCUGUUGGAUGGAGGCGUGACAACAUCUGGAGCCAAGGAUGUGGUAAAGGUAAUCCUUGGGGCCGCAGCUUUAAGGUUAAAUGGCUGCAGUUAAAUGACUUGCCUUUCCAAAAGACACUUCAUCUCAAGAAUCCACUGAAUGACUACAAACCUGUUAAAAUUAGUAGAGACUGCCAGGGACCUAGUGGUGUUAAUUUGCCUCUUGCAUCUAGUGCGUCAAAAAUGUCAAGGAUGAAACAAUCUCAACUGAAUGGAAGUCUUGCAAAUUUGCAAGUACAGUGUGAUGUGCGUUCUCGAAAUGAUGCUUGGGCUUUGUCAGCAGAAAGUCCUCUGGCUAGUACUCUGACUGAGGAUGAUUUUCUUGAAAUGACAUAUGAAGAGUACCUGGAAGUGCAUAGCAGAAGUGUCAAACAAUUGAAUCUCCCUGUAGUUGGAUCAUCUCGGGCAACACUGGAGCCAUCAAGAAGACAUGAUGAUGAUUCAAACUCAAGCUUUGUAACUGAAAAGUGUCCUCACGGAAGAGGACACAUCAUUCAUCCGAUAAAUGAUCAAAUACCUCACACAAGCAGCUAGUGUUGGCCCUUUUGCUGAUGAUAAUACGAUUUUCUGGUGGAGUUUUUCAAAUUUGCCAUUCAAGGCAACCGCUCGACUGUUCUAAUCCCAGAAACUGGGAUCCAUUAUAUUGUUGUGUUGUACACUUUCAUGUACCGGCAAUUGAUGAUUCGAUUGCAUAGUAGGUUUUACUAGGGUAUGUUACCAAUCUGUACAGAAAUUAAAUUUGCAACAUGCCCCCUUUUGUCAUUUUUCUUUAUCCACAAU